UUUUAACAAAAAUGGAUCAACCUGGUCCAUCAUCUUCAAACCAAGAUCCGAGGUUUGAUUUUAUUGGAUCCUACGUCGUAAAAUCUUUGAAAUUGAAACCAGAGAAAUGGAUGCGGGUGUUGAGCAUCGAAGAACACAGGAGCACACUUAAAGAGUUUUUGGACAAACCCUAUCCUAUUCUAUUGGUGGUCGUCUUGACACACGCCGCGCAGCUGAUACCAGUUGUGUCCUUUCCUUGUUACCUGAAAAAUAAAGCAGUUUAUUUUGUCAAAAAGAAACCUGAUGUUAUUCCAAAGGAGAAGUCCGCUGAAAUGGUGAUUUUUGGUGACCUAGCACCAAGAUUGAUAGAUGAACUGGCAUCAUUGGUGGACGAAGUAUUUGUUCCUCUUUUGUCGAAUCCUCUCAACCACGAAGGAUGGCCUCUAGUCGUAUCUCAAGAUAUCCUCAAGCAAAUACAUAACCUGAAAAGUACAGUUUAUGAGGUAAAAGGCAAAGUAAAUGGGCAAACGGUGUUGCCAAUGCCAGUUGGUGUUGAACUGGUUCAUGAAGCUGAGAAAGGGCUGUUACGUGGAGAAGAAGUAGACCUGUACUUGAAGAGCGCUAUUGAAGGAGUGGUUAUUAAAUGGGCUCAGCAAAUUAAUGACGUCAUGAUGGAAGAUUCCGCCCUUGCAUUUGAAAAUGGGCAAAACCCUUUACCAAGUGUCGAACUCGCUUUCUGGAGGUCACGUCUAAGUAAUCUAAACUACAUUUACGAUCAGCUGCGCUCUGACCGAGUUCGCUGCAUGGCUGUUAUAUUGGAGAAAACCACCUCCGCAUACUACCCUUGUUUUAGCCGGUUGUUUAAAAAUAUUGUGUCAGCAUUGGCUGAAGCUCGUGAAAUCGAUUUAUACCUAAGAACCUUAGAGAAACAUUUUCAGGGACUGGAAGAUACUGAUUUUACUGAAUGUAAACCUUUGUUUCGACCUCUCUUUCACGUAAUAUGUCUAGUAUGGAGAGAUUCUAAAUAUUAUUGUAGCUCAUCCAAACUUAUGGUUCUAAUAAAGCAAAUCUGCAAUUUACUUAUCUACCAGGCCAAAAAAUGCCUUGACCCAAGCACCCUGUUCCACAGUGACAUAGAUGAAGCUAGACAAAGAAUUCAAUUAACAAUUGACAUACUGAAAGGUUUUCGGACCACAUUUGACUAUUUUAAAGAAAAUUUGCCCAAAUAUUUUAUCGAUCGAACGGUUAUUCCGUGGACAUUUCACCCGAAUGUGGUUUUCGAAAGAAUGAAUAAAUUUUCAGAGAGACUGAAUACAAUUCUAUGGUUUUUCAAAACAGUAUUAGAGUUUCAAAAACUAGAAAAGAUAGAAAUUGGUGGAAUGAAAGGGCGAGUUCUUGGAGGACAGAUUCGAGAUAUCUCCGCUGAAUUUGAUGCAUAUUUUCAUAGUUUUGCCUCUAAAUCCUAUGAUGUCUUGGACCCUGACGAUAAUACUUUCAACGAUGACUUUAAAGCAUUCCAAGAAAAUAUCAUCGAUUUGGAUCUAAAAUUAUCUACGGUAUUAGUUGAAUCGUUUGAUAACUGUUCUACUUUAGAAGGGAUAUUUAAGUUGAUCGACAUUGUAGGAUCGGUAUUGGAUCGACCGCUAAUUAAAAAUGAAUUUACUGCCAAAUAUGUUGAAAUUAUUGUUAUGCUUGACGAAGAAAUAGGUAUUUGCGAAGAUCUUUUUCAAGAACAAUGUACUCGUCAAGAGAAAUACGGCCAUAUGGAAAUUGAUGCAUAUUUUCCACCUAUUGCGGGAGGGCUUCUAUACAUGACAACAUUGGCUGCUAGAGUUACUAAACCAGUAUCCUGCUUUCGGAAUUUACAACACCCGAUCAAAGACUGUGAAGACGCAAAAAAGCUUUUUGCCAGAUACGAAAAACUUAUAGAUGACAUUAAUGAGUUUAAAAAGAAAUUUUUUCAUGAUUGGGCUAUUACGAUUCCAAAAAUAAUAGUGGAAAAAUCGAACAAUCCAAUACUAGCACGUCAAGGAUCAGACCUCCUUUUUGAAUUAAUGAAAGAGGUUCAUCAUCUAAGAGUAAAUCCAGAAUUAAAAAAAGAAUUGCCAAGUGAAAGUUUAGAGUUAUUUGGAAAACAAGAAAUAUUUAGGCAGUAUCGUAUUAACCUUACUAUUACUAUUGAUUGGUAUAACCAAAUACGUAAGAAUAGCCAAAAGGUGGAAUUUGAUUUAGUUGAAGAUGAAAUCAAGGCAAUUGAUCAAAGAAUUGAAAUGGGGCAAAAUGAACUAAACUGGAAUUCUAAAGAUCUUUGGAACUACUUGCAAGAGUUACAUAAAUUAGUAGGUAACCUGUAUGAGCGAAUGUCAAGAAUACAGGAUAAUUUGAAAGAAAUAAAAGCUAUAAUAAAGCCUUGGACGUCGCAGCCACUAUUUGAGAGAAAAGAGGAAAAAAAGGAUACAUUACUAAAUUUGGAUGACUGGCAAGAACGAACUAACAAACGUUACACUGAAAUUAAAGAAACAGCUGAUCGAAUAAUGGUCCUUCUACAUGAAAAUAUGGAACUAUUUAAUAUGCAAGACAAUCAGGACAGCGAUAUUUGGUUGUCUUAUGUUGCUUUUAUAGAUAGUUUAGUGGAAGAAACUUUGUUCAAGACAAUAGCUUGCAGCUUAGGUUAUGUAUCGGAACAUAUGAAUCCUAAAAAUAAACUUGCACCUUUGUUUGAAGCACAAUUAGAGCUUCUGGAACCGGAUAUGGUGUUCUCUCCAACCUUGGAUCCUAACGAACAAAACGGGUUUACAGCUAUGAUUAAUAACUUAAUUAAUGAUAUACUGAAAAUGUCAACAUUUGUUAAACGAUUAGAUCCAAAAAAAGAAGAAUCAUAUGAGGACCAAAUUAUAGGCCACGCUGACAUUAUUGAGAUGAAAGAUGAAAUUCUAAGUGGGAUUGAAAAAGUAAUAGAAGAAGCAAAUGAUUUUUGUAAAACUUUUGAAACAUACUCUUAUUUAUGGCUUGAAGAGCGUGAUGCGAUUAUGGAAAUAUUUCUUACAUAUGGAAGAAUAUUGACUCCUGAUGAAAUUGAUCUCAUUGGUUCUGAGGAUAAAGAAGUUGUACCACCUACCCCUUGUGCACCUAAAAUGGAGGCUUUUAGAGAACAAAUAGACCAAUAUGAAAAUCUAUUCAUGGAUAUCGAAGAUAUGGAUUCCUAUAAAGUAUUUAACUCUUGGUUUCAGGUUGAUAUAAGACCUUUUAGACAAGCUCUUUUAAAUACAGUGCGAAAAUGGGGUAAUAUGUACAAAGAACAUUUAGUUGACAACGUUACAUCGAGCCUUAGUGAUUUAGGGAAUUUUAUACGUAAAGCUGAUGAAGGUCUUCUUCAACCGGUACCUGAAGGUAGUUAUGAAGCUCUGGUUUCAGUAAUGGGUUAUCUGAUGCACGUGAAGGAUAGAACUGUAACAACUGAUGAUAUGUUCCAGCCUCUUACCGAGACUAUUGAAUUGCUUAAGUUUUAUGACAUGGAUAUACCUGAAGAAGUAAACGUGUUGUUACAGGAACUACCGGAGCAAUGGCAGGCAACUAAAAAAUUGGCAUUUACUGUAAAACAACAAGUUGCGCCUCUACAAGCAGCUGAGGUAGCUGGUAUUAGAAAGAAAAUAACUACCUUUGAUUCUCACGUUACUUAUUAUAGAGAUGUCUUUAAGAAAUACGAUUUUUUUAAAUAUGAAUGCGAUGAUCCGUACGCAGUUAUGUCGAGAGUUGAUAAGGAAAUGCUUAAUCUGGAAGAAGAAAUGAAGGGCAUUCAAGAAUCAGGCUCACUUUUUGAAGUCAAUGUUCCUGAGUUUAAAUUACUGAAACAAUGUAGAAAAGAAUUACGAAUGCUAAAGCAACUCUGGGACUACGUUUAUAUCGUACGAACUAGUAUAGAAGACUGGAAAACGACACCCUGGCGUAAAAUUGAUGUCGAAAAUAUGGAUAUUGAAUGCAAGAAAUUUGCAAAAGAAAUUAGAUUGCUUGAUAAAGAAAUGAGAAGUUGGGAUACUUAUAUUAAUUUAGAAGCAACAGUUAAAAAUAUGUUGACUUCUCUGCGAGCAGUUGCGGAAUUACAAAAUCCUGCAAUUAGAGAAAGACAUUGGGAUCAACUGAUGAGGACUACUAAGAGCUUAGCUGCAUUGCCACCUGAACUCACUGUACGCAUAGUAAUGGACGUAAAUACAACAUUAGCAGACUUAUUAGCAUUAAAUCUACACGAGUUUGAGGAAGAAGUAAAAAAUAUCGUUGAUAAAGCAGUAAAAGAAAUGUCAAUGGAGAAAAUAUUAAAAGAUUUGAAUACGACUUGGAGUGGGAUGGAAUUUGAACAAGAAUUGCACACAAGAACUGGUUGUGUAUUAUUAAGAGCAAGCGAAGAACUUAUUGAAACUCUUGAAGAGAAUCAGGUGCAACUUCAAAAUUUAAUUACUUCAAAAUUUAUAGCACAUUUUCUAGAAGAGGUUUCGAGUUGGCAACAAAAACUCUCUGUAGCAGAUCAAGUGAUUACAGUGUGGUUUGAAGUACAAAGAACUUGGACACACCUUGAAAGUAUAUUUAUGAGUUCUGAGGACAUAAGAAAACAAUUACCCGAUGACUCUGCCAGAUUUGAUAGAAUCGAUGCAGAAUUUAAGAUUUUAUCAAAAGAUAUGUCAAAAACACCAAAUGUUGUUAAAGGCACUAACAAAGAGGGAUUGGUAACUAUUCUAGAUAGUUUGCAAAAAGAUCUCGUUAUUUGUGAAAAAGCGUUGGCAGAGUAUCUAGAAACUAAAAGAUUAGCAUUUCCAAGAUUUUAUUUUGUAUCAUCAGCUGAUCUUUUAGAUAUUUUAUCUAAUGGAAACCAAGCUGAACUCGUAAUAAGGCAUUUGACUAAACUAUUUGAUUCCAUUGCAAAACUUCAGUUCAUAGAUAGUGAAACGCCAGGUGAAAAAGUUUCUACUGGUAUGAUUGCUAAAGAUGGUGAACUUGUGCCGUUUCACGGUACUUGCGAUUGUACUGGUGCUGUUGAAAUAUGGCUUAAUCGAUUACAAGACAUAAUGAGAUCAACUAUUCGACAAUGUUUUGGAGAAGCUAUUGUAUCCUAUGAAGAAAAAUCACGCGAACAGUGGUUGUUUGACUUCAUGGCACAAGUAUCGUUAUGCUGUUCGCAAAUAUGGUGGACAUCUGAAGUAAAUAUUGCAUUUGGAAGAUUAGAAGAGGGAUAUGAUAAUGCUCUUAAGGAUUAUUACAAAAAACAGUUAUCCCAACUCAGUACGUUAAUUUCGUUGUUAAUUGGAGAGCUCAGUAAACAAGAUCGCCAAAAGAUAAUGACGAUAUGUACUAUAGAUGUGCAUUCGAGAGAUGUUGUGAGCAAAUUAAUUCAAGGGAAGGUGGAAACUGGAUCGGCGUUUCAGUGGCAAUCGCAGCUUAGACACAGAUGGGACGAAAAAGAAGUACAUUGUUUUGCUAAUAUCUGUGAUGCUCAGUUUACAUACAGUUAUGAAUAUCUUGGAAAUACCCCAAGAUUAGUUAUCACACCAUUAACAGAUCGUUGCUAUAUAACACUUACCCAAUCUCUUCACUUGAUAAUGGGUGGAGGUCCUGCUGGUCCGGCAGGAACAGGUAAAACAGAAACGACUAAGGAUCUAGGAAGAGCAUUAGGAAUAAUGGUUUAUGUUUUCAAUUGCUCUGAACAAAUGGAUUACCAGUCUUGUGGAAAUAUUUACAAAGGCUUAGCCCAAACUGGAGCAUGGGGAUGUUUCGACGAAUUCAAUAGAAUUUCCGUCGAAGUGUUAUCUGUUGUAGCAGUUCAGGUAAAAUCUGUUCAGGAUGCUAUAAGGGAUAAAAAAGAGAAAUUCAAUUUCAUGGGAGAAACUAUAGUCUUGGUUCCCACAGUAGGAAUUUUUAUCACAAUGAAUCCAGGAUACGCAGGCAGAACAGAAUUGCCUGAGAACUUGAAAGCCCUUUUUAGGCCAUGUGCUAUGGUCGUACCAGAUUUUGAGUUGAUUUGUGAAAUUAUGUUAGUCGCUGAAGGAUUUCAAGAUGCUAAAAUCUUGGCUAGAAAAUUUAUCACCUUAUACACAUUGUGUAAAGAACUAUUGUCUAAACAAGAUCAUUACGAUUGGGGACUAAGGGCGAUUAAAUCGGUCUUGGUUGUAGCUGGGUCACUAAAGAGAGGUGACCCUGGAAGACCUGAAGAAGAAGUUUUGAUGAGAACAUUACGUGAUUUUAAUAUACCCAAAAUAGUCACCGACGAUAUGCCUGUAUUUAUGGGCUUAAUUGGUGAUUUAUUUCCUGCUCUUGAAGUCCCAAGAAAACGGGAUUUAGAAUUCGAAAGAACUGUUAAACAAGCUGCUAUGGACCUACUUUUACAACCAGAAGAUAAUUUUAUUUUAAAAGUAGUACAAUUAGAAGAAUUAUUAGAGGUUCGACAUUCUGUGUUUAUUGUAGGCAACGCUGGUACGGGGAAAACUCAAGUCUGGAAAUCUCUUUUUAAAACUUACCAGAAUCUUAAAAAGAAACCAAUGUUUAAUGACUUAAAUCCAAAGGCAGUGACUAAUGAUGAGUUGUUUGGUAUAAUUAAUCCUGCGACAAGAGAAUGGAAAGAUGGUUUGUUUUCUGUAAUAAUGAGAGACCAGGCAAAUGUUGCAGGUGAAAAUCCAAAAUGGAUAGUGUUAGAUGGAGAUAUCGAUCCUAUGUGGAUUGAAUCAUUGAAUACAGUCAUGGAUGAUAAUAAAAUUUUAACUUUAGCUAGUAACGAGAGGAUCGCUCUAACACCAAGUAUGCGAUUGAUGUUUGAAAUUUCAAAUUUACGGACAGCUACACCUGCAACUGUUUCAAGAGCUGGUAUAUUAUAUAUAAAUCAACAGGAUCUGGGAUGGAAUCCAUACGUAACGAGCUGGGUAGAAACAAGAAAAAUACCAGCAGAGAAGUCCAACCUGGUAAUUCUUUUUGACAAAUACAUUCCUCCUUGUUUGGACAACAUAAGAAAUAGGUUUAAAAAGAUAACACCAAUAGCAGAUAUGGCCCACAUACAAAUGCUAUGUCAUUUGUUAAGUUGUUUAUUGGUCCCCGAGAAUACACCUCCGGAUUGUACAAAGGACUGGCACGACAUAUUCUUUGUUUUUGCCUGUGUCUGGGCUUUCGGAUCUGCUAUGUUUCAAGAUACGAAUGUUGAUUACAGGAUUGAAUUCUCCAAAUGGUGGGUAAAUGAGUUCAAAAAUGUCAAAUUUCCACCUGGUGGAACUGUUUUUGACUAUUAUAUUGACCCAGACACAAAGCAGUUUACACCUUGGACUGAAAAAAUUACUAAAUUUGAAUUAGAUACUGAUGUUCCGUUGCAGGCAGUGCUAGUUCCAACAGCGGAAACAAUUCGAAUAAGAUAUUUUCUGGAUUUACUUAUGAAGAACAAACAUCCUGUAAUGUUAGUUGGAAGUGCUGGCUCUGGCAAGACAGUUCUUGUCAACGAAAAACUGCAAAGCCUUUCAGAAAAUUAUGCCAUACAAUCUAUUCCAUUUAACUUUUACACAACGUCUGAAAUGUUGCAAAAGAUUUUAGAGAAGCCAUUAGAGAAAAAAGCAGGCCGUAAUUAUGGACCCCCUGGAAAUAAAACACUCGUAUACUUUAUAGAUGACAUGAAUAUGCCUGAAGUUGAUCCAUAUGGGACUGUACAACCACAUACUAUCAUGCGACAACAUUUAGACUACAAUCACUGGUAUGAUCGAACCAAAUUAACUUUAAAAGAAAUACACAACACUCAAUACGUAUCCUGUAUGAAUCCAACUUCAGGUAGUUUCACAAUCAAUCCUCGAUUACAAAGGCACUUUUGUGUAUUUGCAAUAAGUUUCCCAAAUAUGGAAGCAUUGAACAAUAUUUACCAUUCGAUUUUGAGUCAGCACUUGAUUAACCCAGAGCUAAGAAUUAGUGGACAAAUCACUAAGAUAUCAAAGAAUGUAGUCGCGGCAACAAUAGCUCUACAUAAUAAAGUAUCACAAGUAUUUCUACCGACUGCUAUAAAAUUUCAUUACAUUUUCAAUUUAAGAGAUCUAUCAAAUGUAUUUCAGGGUUUCCUGUUUAGUAGUAAUGAAUGUUUAGUGUACCCUUCAGAUUUAAUACGGCUUUGGCUUCACGAGACUCAUAGAGUUUAUGGUGAUAAACUCACUGAAGAUAAAGAUAUAGAUGCAUUUCUCAAGAUGCAAGUAGACUUAUGUAAGAAAAAUUUCGAGGAUAUCGAUGAAGGUGCAGUAUUUGAUCGACCUAACAUCUACUGCCAUUUUGCGGGUGGCAUCGGUGAACCAAAAUAUAUGCCAGUGACUUCGUGGGAACAUCUAAACAAGCUUCUUACUGAAGCUUUGUCUAGCUACAAUGAUCUGAUAGCAGCUAUGAAUCUCGUUCUAUUUGAGGAUGCAAUGUUGCAUAUAUGCAAGAUCAAUCGAAUACUUGAAAGUCCGCGUGGAAGUGCUCUUUUAGUUGGCGUUGGUGGAUCUGGCAAACAAUCACUAUCCCGUUUGGCAGCUUUUAUAUCCAGUUUGGAAGUGUCGCAGAUACAGUUGAAAAAAGGAUAUGGGGUUACAGAUUUAAAGCAUGAACUUUCCGGUUUGUAUAUUAAGACUGGUUUGAAAAAUGUUGGUAUUAUGUUCCUGAUGACAGAUGCUCAGGUUGCAAAUGAACAAUUUUUGGUAUUAGUUAAUGAUUUGCUAGCGUCAGGUGAAGUUGGAGAUUUAUUUCCCGAUGAUGAGAUAGAAAAUAUAAUUGGUGGUGUUCGAAAUGAGGUGAAAGGUGCAGGAUUACCUGAUACUAGAGAAACAUGUUGGAAGUUUUUCAUUGACCGAGUUCGUAAGCAAUUGAAAGUAGUAUUAUGUUUUUCACCUGUGGGAUCAACAUUACGGGUCCGAUCAAGGAAAUUUCCAGCUUUGAUCAACUGCACAUCUAUUAAUUGGUUUCAUGAAUGGCCACAAGAAGCUCUGGUGUCAGUGUCAAUGAAGUUUUUAGAGGAAUUACAUGUGUUGCCUAUAACGCUUCGGGAUUCUAUCUCCAGAUUUAUGGCAUACGUGCAUACAUCAGUUAAUAUUAUAUCCAAAGCGUAUCUGUCAAAUGAACGACGUUACAAUUACACAACACCUAAAAGUUAUCUCGAGCAAAUAAGUUUGUAUGCGAAACUAGUAAACCAUAAAACAGAUGAGCUCCGUGCUAAAAUACAUAGGUUAGAAAAUGGUUUAGAGAAACUACGGAGCACAGCAUCACAAGUGGACGAAUUAAAAGCUAAAUUAGCAUUACAAGAAGUAGAGUUAAAGCAAAAGAAUGACGCCGCAGACAAGCUUAUUGAAAUGGUUGGCGUUGAAACUGCUAAAGUACAAACUGAAAAAGCACUCGCUGACGAGGAAGAAGAAAGAGUAGCAGUCAUAGCAGAAGAGGUGUCAAAAAAGCAAAAAGAUUGUGAAGAAGAUCUUAUAAAGGCUGAACCUGCACUUGUAGCAGCACAAGAGGCUUUAAAUACUCUGAACAAAGCAAACUUGACAGAGUUGAAAUCUUUCGGAUCACCCCCAGGUGCUGUUACCAAUGUUACCGCAGCUGUUAUGGUAUUACUAGCGCCUGGUGGAAAAAUUCCAAAAGAUCGAAGUUGGAAAUCUGCAAAGAUGAUGAUGGCAAAAGUGGACGUAUUUCUGGAAUUGCUUAUACACUACGACAAAGAAAAUAUUCACCCUGAUGUUAUUAAAGCCAUACAGCCUUACCUUAAAGACUCAGAAUUCGAGCCAGAAUUUAUAAGAUCAAAGUCAGCCGCGGCAGCCGGUCUUUGUGCAUGGGUUAUCAAUAUUAUAAAGUUUUAUGAAGUAUUUUGCGACGUGGAACCUAAACGGAAAGCUCUCGCUGCAGCUAAUGCUGAGUUGGCAGCUGCAACAGAAAAAUUAAAAGCUAUAAAGUCCAAAGUAGCGUCCUUAGAAGAACAACUCGCAACUCUAACGGCAGAUUUCGAGAAAGCUACAUCGGAGAAGCUGAAAUGUCAACAAGAAGCAGAUGCUACAAACAGAACUAUCCAGCUCGCUAAUCGAUUAGUCAACGGUCUUGCUAGCGAAAAUGUCAGAUGGGCUGAAGCUGUAUCUAUUUUUAUGCAGCAAAGUACAACCUUGCCCGGGGACGUAUUACUUGUAUGCGCCUUUAUAUCCUAUGUUGGUUGUUUUACCAAAACAUAUCGAAUGGAUUUAUUGCAUAAGAAUUGGCUAGUCUUUUUAAAAACUUUAGAACCACCAAUACCUAUAACUGAAGGAUUGGAUCCUUUAACGAUGCUAACAGAUGAUACAACGAUUGCUAUGUGGCAUAAUGAAGGUCUACCUUCAGACCGCAUGAGUACUGAAAAUGCAACUAUUCUGUCAAAUUCAGAUCGCUGGCCUUUAAUGAUUGAUCCACAGCUUCAAGGAGUCAAGUGGAUAAAACAAAAAUAUGGAGAUAUAUUGAAAGUGAUUAGACUUGGCCAAAAAGGCUACCUCGAUACUAUAGAGAAAGCUAUUAUCAAAGGAGACACCGUCCUGUUAGAAAAUAUUGGAGAAACGGUUGAUCCAGUUUUGGAUCCCCUUUUGGGUAGAAAUUUAAUCAAAAAAGGAAGAGCUAUUAAAAUAGGAGAUAAAGAAGUGGAGUACAGUCCAAAAUUUAAAUUAUUGCUGCACACAAAGUUAGCUAAUCCACAUUAUAAGCCAGAAAUGCAGGCACAAACAACGUUAGUCAAUUUUACUGUUACGCGGGAUGGACUUGAAGACCAACUUUUAGCAGAGGUAGUAAAAGCAGAGAGACCAGAUUUAGAAGAGUUGAAGGCAGAACUAACAAAGCAACAAAAUCAAUUCAAAAUACAAUUAAAAGAACUAGAGGAUGAUUUGCUAUCCCGACUUUCGUCCGCCGGUGGAAAUAUUUUAGGCGAUACAGCACUAAUUGAAAAUUUAGAAAUUACAAAAAAGACAGCUGCUGAUAUAGAGAAAAAAGUAGCCGAGGCCAAAAUAACAUCACUCGAAAUAGAUCAAGCACGCGAAUUUUACCGGCCAGCUGCUGCUAGAGCAUCGCUUUUGUACUUCAUUUUAAAUGACCUGAACACAAUUAACCCCAUCUACCAGUUUUCUCUAAAGGCCUUUAGCGUGGUUUUUCAAAAAGCAAUAUCAAAGGCUGAACCAGCAGAAGAAGUUAGUCAGAGAAUAAAAAACUUAAUCGAUUGCAUCUCAUAUUCAGUAUUCCAGUAUACGUCCAGGGGGCUAUUCGAAUGUGAUAAGCUUAUUUUUGCAUCACAGAUGACUUUCCAGGUUCUCUUAAUGAGCGAGGAAGUAUCACCAGUAGAAUUGGACUUUUUUCUGCGGUUCCCGAUAAAACCUCACGUAACGAGUCCUGUAGAUUUUCUUUCUAACCAUAGCUGGGGUGGAAUAUGUUCCUUAGCUAGUAAAGACGAAUUUAGGAAUUUAGAUAGAGAUAUUGAGACUUCACCUAAGAGAUGGAAAAAAAUUGUGGAAAUGGAAUGUCCUGAACGAGAAAAGUUUCCACAGGAAUGGAAAAACAAAACAGCACUUCAAAGACUAUGCAUGCUAAGAGCUUUACGACCUGAUAGAAUGACGUACGCUGUUGCAACUUAUAUUGAAGAAAAAAUGGGGUCAAAAUAUGUUGAAAAUCGAACAGUAGAGUUUAGUAAAUCUUUUGAAGAAACUAGCCCAACCACUCCUAUAUUUUUUAUUUUGUCUCCUGGCGUUAAUCCGCUUAAGGAUGUUGAAGCUUUAGGGAGAGCAAUGGGAUUUACUGCUGAUAAUGGAAACUUUCACAACGUUUCCUUGGGUCAGGGACAAGAAGUAGUAGCAGAACAGGCCAUGGAUGAAUCCUUAAAAAAUGGACAUUGGGCUGUAUUACAGAACAUUCAUUUAGUGAAGAAGUGGUUACCAAGCUUAGAGAAGAAAAUGGAAAGUUUUGCAGCAGGUUGCCAUCCAGAUUUUAGACUUUUCAUGUCAGCUGAACCAGCUGCUACACCGGCUGCGCAUAUUAUACCACAGGGUAUACUAGAGUCGAGCAUUAAGAUAACUAAUGAACCUCCUACAGGGAUGCAGGCAAAUUUACACAAGGCUCUUGACAAUUUUAAUCAAGAAACCUUAGAAAUGUGUGGUAAAGAAGCAGAAUUUAAAGCGAUUCUUUUCUCUCUCUGUUAUUUUCAUGCUGUUGUUGCAGAGAGAAGAAAAUUUGGUCCUCAAGGAUGGAACAAAAUAUAUCCUUUUAAUAUAGGGGACCUAACUAUAAGCGUUUUUGUAUUGUUUAAUUAUUUGGAAGCAAAUUCUAAAGUACCUUGGGAAGAUCUGAGGUACCUUUUUGGAGAAAUAAUGUACGGAGGUCAUAUUACUGAUGAUUGGGAUAGAAGACUGUGUAAUGCAUAUCUAGAGGAACUGAUGCAACCGGAUUUGGUCGAUGGAGAAUUGCAUUUAGCUCCAGGUUUUCCUGCGCCUCCUAAUACGGACUACGUUGGGUACCACCAGUAUAUAGAAGAUGCAAUGCCUACAGAAUCACCCUAUCUGUAUGGACUCCAUCCUAAUGCUGAAAUUGGUUUCUUAACGACCACUUCAGAAAAUUUGUUUAGGACUAUUUUUGAAAUGCAACCAAGAGAUGCACAAGCUUCUGGAGCCGCAACUGUAACAAGAGAAGAUAAGGUAAAACAAAUGUUAGAUGAAGUGGUGGAAAAGUUGCCUGAGGAGUUCAAUAUGGUAGAGAUAAUGGGUAAAGUUGAAGAAAGAACGCCAUACGUAAUAGUUGCGUUCCAAGAAUGUGAACGCAUGAAUUACUUGACUGGCGAAAUGAAGCGAUCAUUGAGAGAAUUAGAUCUUGGGCUCAAGGGUGAAUUAACAAUUACUUCAGAUAUGGAAGAAUUGGAAAAUGCUCUCUUUUUGGAUCAAGUUCCAAUAAUUUGGGCCAAUAGAGCGUAUCCAUCCUUGCUUGGUCUGUCAGCGUGGUUUGUAGAUUUACUUCUCCGUCUACGGGAACUUGAAACUUGGGCCACUGAUUUCGUGUUGCCAUCGUCUGUGUGGUUGGGAGGGUUCUUCAACCCUCAAAGCCUGCUGACGGCUAUAAUGCAGAGUACGGCAAGACGCUAUGAGCUACCCCUUGACAAGAUGUGUCUGCAGUGUGACGUUACCAAGAAAAUGAAGGAAGAUUUCACUUUAGCAGAUUCUCGAGCAGCUCCGAAGGACGGCGCCUAUGUGCACGGGCUGCUGAUGGAGGGCGCGCGAUGGGACAUGAAUGCCGGCAUCAUAAUGGACUCGCGGCUCAAGGAUCUGUUCCCACCUAUGCCGGUUAUCAAUAUUCGAGCAAUAACGCAAGACAAGCAGGACCUGCGCAACAUGUACGAGUGCCCAGUGUACAAGACUCGCACUCGCGGACCUACUUACGUGUGGACCUUCAACCUGAAGACCAAGGACAAGCCGUCCAAGUGGACCUUGGCUGGCGUAGCUCUGUUGCUGCAGAUUUAGAGUAUUCUCUACCUAUACCUGGUAGAUAGAGAGAAAUCAUCACCAUCAUCAUUAUGAACCCAUAUACGGCUCACUGCUGAGCUCGAGUCUCCUCUCAGAAUGAGAGGGUUUAGGCCAAUAGUAACACGAUGGCCCAAUGAGGAUUGGCAGACUUCACACACGCAGAGAAUUAAGAAAAUUCACAGAGAAAUAGCGUUUUAAAAUACGAAUACUUUCUUGGAUUCAAUUAUUUAAACUAGGUGUAUGUAUAGAUAAUAUAGUAUAAAUAAUUGGAUAUAUAGCUAUAUCUUCGAAGAAGAAGAAGUUCGAAGAGCCGAUGGACGUUGGGGUCCCAAGGUGAUGGAAUGGCGACCCCGAACUAUAAAGCGCAGUGUUGGUCGACCUCCUACCAGGUGGACUGACGACAUCAAGCGAGUCGGAAGGAUUCGCUGCAUGCAGGCGACUCAGCCCCUGUAGCCAAGUGGCAUGUCGAUUCUCUUUCUACGAUCGCUAACGCUUCGAAAACUAGAAAAAUGUAUGGGAAUAACAUUUGCUUUUGACAGGUCACGUGAUCAAGAUCUGUCAUUCCCAUACAUUAUUCUAGUUUUCGAAGCGAUUACGAUCGUAGAAAGAGAAUCGACAAGCCACUUGGCUACAGGGGCAGGAUCGUGAUGUUUGGAAGUCCCUACAAAAGGCCUAUGUUCUGCAGUGGACGUCCAUCGGCUGGUGGAUGGUGGAUGGUGAUGAUGAUGAUGAUGAUACCUAGGUACUAGUAAAGUAGCGUUUUACAAUACGAAUAUUUUUAUGAAUGAAAUUAUCAUUGCUAUUAGUUAAGUAUAAUAUUAGGUGUAAAACUGAAUAGUUUGUUUAGUUAAACGCGCUAACCUCAGGAAUUACUGUACUCUUAAAGAUCGUAGUGCGAUUUUAGGUUUAUAAUAAUAUUCCACCCUAUCCGAGUCCAUCCAGCUCUAGUCUAUUAUAGCCUUUUUCGACAAAUGAAUCAAUGACAAUGUCCAACCAUAAAAUAUUUUUUUAUUUGAACCAAUAAACCGUUCAACCAAAUAAAUUUUGUAAAAUAGUAGGCAUAUAGAUUUAUACGAAUAACAUGUAUUUGCUUUAUAGAACUCUGAAAUACUAUGAA